UUAAGAUGAGCCACAACUUCAUUGUGAAUUUUAAGUUGAUUUUGUUUUACAAUUGUACAAUAAAAAGAAAGUUCACAACUUCGUGGCUCAUACAACCCGAAUUUAAUAACUCUUGUUUGUUUGUAAGUGACAUUGAAAUACAUUGGUUGCCUAAGCUGGCUCUAGGUCUGGAUUUGGAUGUGAUGCAGUGCAGGACUGUUGGGUAUGAUGCUAUAAAUGCGAACAAUUUUAAGUUGAUUUUGUUGUACAACUGUACCAUAAGAAGGGCAUGAAUAAGUUGGUUAUCAGAUUGUUUCUGUCGCUAAAAAGAAAAGCAAAGUACACUUUUUGCGCUAUAAUAUAGAAUAACAUAACAGCUGUAAUCGUUUGUAUUCUUAGACACUUUGCAACUUAAAUGUACAUGUAUGCAUGCAUCAUUUUUAAUUCACGAUAUCCACACUUAUUUUCUGUUAUCAUAGUACCUGGGCACAUUUAUCAGUAAGUAAAUUGCACCCAAUCCCUCCAAAAGACAAGCCAACGUAUGUAUGCAAAAGGACUGUGGAUGAAAAAUCAUGAAGUGAGAAAUUACAUGUUGUAACUUUACAUAGUUUAUUGUGUGAUUUUGUUAAUUUUAUUUUCUAACAUUUCCCUUUUGUAUGGUUCAAUGGAAACGAAAUAAUAAGAAAAUCAUGAUGUUAUAGGGUAUUACUUCCUCUUUUAGCUCACUUCAUUCAUAUUAUUAGCCUAAGUUUAUAACAGUAUUGUUGUAUUUGUUACAACUCGUAUUAAGUUCCCAUGGAAGCUAUACUAUACCCUAUGUGAAAAUCAAUAUUUCUAAUUAUCUAUUCAGUCUGCCCCCGACUCUUUGGAAAGCCAUAGUCACAGUGGACCCAUAAAUUUAAAGAUAAAAUAAUUUUUGAAUUGGUUGAUAUAAAUAUAAUUUUUCACAUUCUAUAUACACACUAUUUAUAAAACCAGUGAAAAAAUAUAUAUGCAUUUGUGUUAAGGCAUUUACGAGUGUCUGCAGACUACAGGUAGUUAGCAUACCUCCAAACGGAAAAUUGUAGUUUAUCUGUAAUCCCACCUACCGAAACAUUAUGAGGGUUUUUUAGGAAGUAGGACCUCGAUCAUCCUUCCUCAACCAGGAAAUCCUGCAUAGUUGGCUGACUCUAUUCUUUUUUUCUUUUCCUCCACUGAAUAAGUAGAAAUGACGUAAAUUUUUUGUCAUAAACAAAAAGGCUGAAUUUCUUCUCAGGAACUUCCCGUGGUCUUAAUCUAGUUUCUAGCUGUAUACUCUGUAAUUUUAGUGUGUAGCAGUACAGGACCCAACUUUCAUGCCUCGGAAAGAGUUGGAAUACACUCUGAGAAGGACUAGAUCUAAUACAGGCUCUAUUUCAUAAUGUUUGAUGUUGCCCAAGACUUUAAUUUUGACCGGAACAAAUAGGUGCUAAUACCGAUUAUACAAGUCAGGUGUGAUCAUGGCAGCCAUCUUGGAUGGUCAGUUCUUUGAUUUCAACAUGGGGCCCUCAGAUAAAACUUAUCAGUCUUCCAGUAGUCCUGCAGUAAUUGUACAGAUCAACGACGUCCUCCUUACACCUAGUGAACUCCUGUCACCGACCGCCUUAGAAUACCUCGCAGAGGAGAUCGAGAUCAACACCAUCGAUGAGUUGGCUGGAAUCAUAGACAGACAUGAAGUGAAAGCAUGCGACAAGUCAAUGAGCGAAGAUGCCCAGCAGAAGCCUCAUGAGACUAUAAUGGCUGCUCAUGCGCUGUUAGACAUAUCACCAACCAACACCGGAGACGACAAGAAAUUCAUUACUGUAGAUUUCAUCAAAGAAGAACCACCUGCCAGUCCCCUGCCAGAAGAAAACAUUAACCCAAUCACUGCUGAUGAUCCUGAUGAAGAUGAUGAACUGAAGCAUAGAGUCUCUCACAUCCACCUUGAUGAGGAAACUAUGAGAGAGCUGACACAGAAGGGUAUGGCAACUCCUUCAGCGGAAACACUCAAUACCCUUAUGCAAGCAACGCUAAGGCAAACGGCCGACUCACAACAAGUACUGACCGUUCCCACGUCACAGUUUGCGUUUGAACCGCCAUCGGAUCACAAUAUUGAGAUGAGCUAUGAAAUGAACCUUGAUACAGAUCACCAUCACAACCACCAUCAUAAACACCACCAUCACCAUGAAGGAAAAGAACAACAUAAACGACAUAAAAAGUCUAAAAAGAGUCGAAAGCCAAAGAUUAAAUCAGAAUCACCUCUCCAACUGUCAAACGGUGGCAUCAGGAAAAAGGCAAAAGAUGCACACACCACGUACCUGUGGGAGUUCCUAUUGGAGCUACUUCAAGACACUGAGACCUGCCCUAGAUUCAUCAAAUGGACAAGCAGGGAACAGGGUAUCUUCAAACUGGUCGACUCCAAGGCUGUAUCCAAGUUAUGGGGUCAACACAAGAACAAACCUGACAUGAACUAUGAGACAAUGGGUAGAGCACUCAGGUACUACUAUCAACGGGGUAUCCUAUCGAAGGUUGAUGGACAGAGGCUAGUCUAUAAAUUCUGUGAGAUACCAAAGAACAUCCGUGAAAUCGACUGCAGUUGAGGUCUUCGGCAUCACUGACAAUCUUCCAUUCAUCAGCUUUGUGACUGGUUAAAACAUUAUUACAGAGAUUCCAGAUUAUAUAGAAAUAUAUGAAUAUAUAUUAGAGAUACUUUAUAAUAUUUGCUUGAGAUUGCUUAUUCCAUUUCAACCGAACCGAUGGGCAAUGGAAAUAUUUGUUUUGAUGAGUAUUCGACGCUGUAGUGCAGUAGAUGACCAAACUGGAUUUUCGCCAAUGGUGGCAAGGCCGAACGAGGAAGAUUUGAUUAUACAUGCACUGUAAUGUUUUGGAGCGGUUGAAGUCAAAAGCAACAAUUUGAUAAUAGUGAUUUGGGGUAUAUACCUCGCACAUACUGGUAUCUACCUUAUUAGGUGUUCAAGGUGCUUCUGUAUCACCCCUGCUGAAGUAGCCUCCCGAUUCAGGUGUUCACAGCUUUUAUGAGGAAUUACCUCCUGCCGUUACCCAUUUACCUCACCUGGAAUGAGUGCAGGCCGGGAAGUUAUACCAUGGCUGGGAAUUGAACCCACGAUCCUCGGUUUCAAACGCGAGAGUUGGAAACGCCAGACGACAUCGCUCCAAAGCAAUAAUGACAUGUUUCAUCCUGCCAAGCAACGAAGAGAGUAUGUAUGACGGCAAAAGAAAGCAUGGGUGACUCGACUGACUUGAUCUUCCAGAAACAUCUGUCACUCAGAUUUGAGAAAAUGUCCAUUUUUGAAUUUUUGGAAUAAUUUUCAGAAUUUGAAUGAAUUCCCAAACCCCAUAUUAUGCAUUUUGUAUGAACACAUGUUUUUUGUACAUGUAUGUUGUCUGAUUGUGCCAAGAAAGGGUAACAUCAUGGGAAGUUACCUUCCUUACUACAUGAUAAGCAAUACUGAUCAUCUUGCUCUGUAUGGGCUCUUGAUGAAAUUUCUUACAUUUCGGAACAGAUUUUAAAACCAUACCCCAUAUUCCAGGGAAUAAUUUUACUUCUCAAAGUUGAUUAGCAUUUGUGGUUGUUAGAGAAAAGCUUUCUGUACAAUUCUAUGUAAAAGAAUAGCUACACAAGUGAAGUUUUGUGUAGCGGUCAUAAAAUUAUGUGGAGCAAAUUGCGAUGCGAUACCAGGAAAAUUAUUCCCUGUAUUCAAUAUUUACAUAGCUUGAACAGGGAACUACAUAUAUGCUGUAUGUCAACAUCUGAUGACCAUUUGAUAUAAUCAUGUCAUUACCCCUACUUGUAGCAAAAGUAACAAUUUACUGUUGUAAAUCCGAACAUUGGUAUGCAACCAUUGAUUGAAAAGAAUUUCUAACAUGUCUUUUUCUGGAGACUUGCAGUCACCGUUUCAAUUAUUUUUAUUAUUAUACUGAAGAAAGUGUAUGAAGAUGAGUGAUAUGGCUUAGAGUGAGAUAAAUCAUUUGUUUUCUUUACCUUAGAGUUUGCCUUACUGACAGUUGAUUUUUUUUUUUUUGGGGGGGGGAGCUACAUCACCUUUACUAUUACAUCUUGACAAUAUAUUCUUUUCAUUUAACCCUGCAAAGAAUAACUUUUUGGGUUGUACUUUCUUAGGGGAUUUUAGUAUCAACGUGCACAUGUAUAUGACAUCAUUUGUUAUAAAUGCAAAGAAUUUGGGUUAUGGUUGGAGCAAUUUGAAUAUAUUUAACUCUCAGUCAUUAUUCUCACGCUUUAAAUUUUUUUAAAUACUGUCUGUAUGAAGGUGCUAUGAUAAGAUAUCAAAUGUAACUGUAAGACCCUCAGUUUCUGUUAGCUUGAUUGAUUAUUCCCCCCUUGCACAACAACUUAUCUAUUUAGUGAUCUGUUGAAUAUCUCUCAGGACUACAUGUAUAACAUGUCGGUUUCUAGUGUACCAUAUUCGAAUAUUGUCCAUGUGUGUAUAGAAUUUUGUUAUGUAUUUCUUCCUAUUAUUGCAAUACUCCUAAAAUACUUCUAACUCCUGACUCUUAGUCUAUUAUUAAAGGCCUAUUUAGACCCAUUUCACAGCCAGAGGCCCCCCCCCCCCCCCCCCAGAGUCUGCUUCCCCUCUUUAAGAUCUUGGCCCAAUGCACCAAUGUAAUAAUCUAUAAUCAAUCUAAAAGUGUACAGUAAACGCUUGAAAGUGAAAACAGAGGUAUGCUCAGAUUAAUUGGAAAGUGCAGUGGCUCAUUUUGUGUAGAGAGUCUCUGUGUGAGAC